UCCUCCUCCUCCUCCUCCUCCACCUCCUCCUCCUCCUCAGAGAGCAAUGAGUGAGAGGAGAAGAUCUGCUGCAGCCCUGAGCUCCAGAGCCCACGCCUUCUCCGUGGAAGCCCUGAUCGGCUCCAACAAGAAGAGGAAGCUGCGUGGAGGAGGCUGGGAGGAGAAGGAGCUGGAGAUGUCCAUGGAGAGCCUGGCCGGACCGGACCGGGACGACCAGGGACACUGUCUGGACCUGGACCCGGACUCGGAGGCCAGUCCCGGCUCGGACGGAGAGGGUCUGGCCGAGAGGACGUCGUGCUCCUUCGGCUCACCUGCCGAGCUGACCCCGGUGGCCUGCGAGCCGUCGCCGCCGGCCUCCAUGGAGGAGAUCCAGGUGGAGCUGCAGUGUGCGGACCUCUGGAAGCGCUUCCACGACAUCGGCACCGAGAUGAUCAUCACCAAGGCGGGCAGGAGGAUGUUUCCGGCCAUGAGAGUAAAGAUCGCCGGUCUGGAUCCUCACCAGCAGUACUACAUCGCCAUGGACAUCGUGCCCGUGGACAACAAGAGAUACAGGUACGUGUACCACAGCUCCAAGUGGAUGGUGGCGGGAAACGCCGACUCCCCAGUGCCGCCGCGGGCCUACAUCCACCCGGACUCUCUGGCCUCGGGGGACACAUGGAUGAGGCAGGUGGUCAGCUUCGACAAGCUCAAACUCACCAACAACGAGCUGGACGACCAGGGACACAUCAUCCUCCACUCCAUGCACAAGUACCAGCCUCGAGUCCACGUCAUCAGGAAGGACUUCAGCAGUGAGCUGUCCCAAAACAAGGCGGUGCCGAGCGGAGAGGGAGUCAAGACCUUCAGCUUCCCCGAGACCGUCUUCACCACCGUCACGGCCUACCAGAACCAACAGAUCACCAGACUAAAGAUCGACCGAAACCCGUUCGCCAAAGGAUUCAGGGACUCUGGAAGAAACAGGACUGGGCUGGAGGCCAUCAUGGAGACCUAUGCUUUCUGGAGACCUCCUGUGAGGACCCUCACGUUUGAAGACUUCACCAACAUGCAGAAACAGCAAGGUGGAAGCACAGGCACCUCUCCCACCACCUCCAGCACGGGGACCCCCUCCCCCUCUGGUGCGGCCCACCUGCUCUCCCCCUCCUGUCCCCCCACCUUCCACCUGGCCCCCAACACCUUCAAUGUGGGCUGCAGGGAAAGCCAGCUCUGUAACUUGGGCCUGUCCGAGUACCCGGCGUGCGCCCGCAGCAACAUGGCGGCCCUGCAGGGCUACGGCGGCCUGGCCGACACUUCCUACGGACGCCUCCAGGCCGCGGGCGGCGGCGUGGCCUCGGGUCAGCCCUCUGACUCCUUCCUGCCACAGAGGACUUCCUCCUUGAUCGGCAUGCAGGGCGGCGUUCAUGGCGGUGGCGGCGGCAGCGGUGGCGCCGGAGCCAAGAUGGACGCCUACGGUGGCCAGCUGGGCUCCUUCCCAGCCUCGCAGCUUCAGUAUGUGAUGCAGGCCGGCGGCGGCUCCGGCCCCGCCUCGUCCUCCUCAUCCGGCUCUUCCCCUUCCUCCGCCCACAUGUUCGGCGGGGGCCACCACCACGUGCAGCAGGGCUCCUACAACGCGUUCUCCCUGCACAACCCUUACAACCUGUACGGAUACAACUUCCCCACCUCCCCCCGCCUGGCCGCCAGCCCCGAGAAGCCCCAGGGAGGCCUGCUCUGCUCCUCGUCUCCCGCCGGGGCCUUCGCCGAGCGCCAGUACCUGUCCAACGGAGGCAUGGACGCCAUGCACAUGAUCGGCAACGCCAGCGGCGGCCAGCAGGGCGGCGGCUCCUGCGAUGGCCGCCAAUACGGCUCCUCCUCUCAGAUGUCCAUGCACAUGGUGUAGACGCUUGGGACAGAGCCUCCAAGUCUUUUGGCCGAAAAAGCAAAUCUACGAAACCCGGUUUGGUGUUUGAAGUGGAACCGGUGUUUUUACACGAAGCGUUAAACAAAAGGAUAUCAUUUGUUUAAAAAAAAGACACUCCAUCGCAUACAAAGCAUUAUAGAAGGAGUCCAAACUAUUAUUUAAUUAUCUUUGUAUUAAUGAAGGGAAACUACGGGGACAGAAACCCGACUCUCUGACUGUUUCUGACAGGAAGUAAAACUCAACAACAUCCUCCGGUUCAGAAGGAUUAUCAGUGGUGAAUCAGUUAUGGUGCAAUAGUAGCAACACUUCUUUUCAAGUGACUCAUUCUCAAUUUUUGUGGACUCAAAGGCCGUGCGGUCACGACGUCUUGUGUGGAAUCGUUUUUAAAAAAUGCCAUCAUGAAUAACUCCACACAGAAGGCGUAUCUGGACGCUUUGAGGUGAAUAAACACGUCAAAGAGCUGCAGGUCGGGAGAACCGAGGAACUGAAAACUCGUUCAGAACUCCACUACUCAAAUUCAUCAACCCGUUAUCCUCAAAGACUGGAAUGGCUUCACUAUUUUUGAGUGGAUUACGUUGUUUUUUUGUUUUUUUUUAGCAUAUAUAUAAAAGAUGGCGAAAUGCAAUCAAUAACAUAAGCUUAAAAAAGUUGUUGUGUGAAAAGUUAUAAAAAGAAGCAAUAGCAAAAACAGAGUAAUUAAAGUAUGUUUUGGUGUGUUGUAGAGAUGUGUAUUUAAGUGCUGAGCAAUAUAACAA